ACGGCACACACACAUUCCGUACCGCGACGGUUUUUUAUUAAACAAAUUUCAAGUGUUUUUUAUUCGCAAAACCAAAUAGAAAAAAAAAAAAAAAAUAGAAGAAAUUUGUGACUGUGGAAACGAAAACAACAAAAGAAAAGAAAAUAAAACGCCAUUCGAAAACUCCAAAGAGCAAAAGUGUCGGCUGCCAAAAAAGAGAAAUAAAGCAAAGAAAUUAUCUUAGAAAAUACACACAAAAAUCUAUUAUGCAAAAAACACUUCAGAAAUAGAUACUAAAAAUCAAAAAUAAAAAAUUAAACAAAAAUACUUAGAGUAACAAGUGCAACAUGGUUUCCAAGAAAAUGUUCAAAAAAUCCUAAAAACUAAAACGUAUCUGCUGGAUAUCUACAGAAGAGAAACGAAAAGCAGCUGAGUAGAAAAAAAGAAACGUAUCCAAAACAAAAGUAUCUACAACUAGGACCAAAAGAGACUCAAACUAAAAAGAUACUAAAGAUAAUACCAUACGCGCAGACAACAUGCUGACCAUGGAAUCGGAUAUGAAGGGCAGCCUGCUGCAUGCCACAAUGCCGCCGCAUCACACCAGUGCCGCGCUGCACGGCCAUGCCGCCUCGCCCUACUCGGCGCUGGCGCCACUUAUGAAUCUCGGCCAGUCGCAUCUCACCCACUCGCAGCUGAGCCACCAUAACCAUCAUCACCAUCAUCACAUGAGCGCCCAUAUUGCGGCCAGCCAGAGCCCCAAUCCGCUCAGCUCGCUGCAGACCAGCAUGGCCAAUACCCUGAACGGUACCCAGGUGGGGCAGCAGCAGCAGCAACAGCAGCAGCAAAGCUCGCCGCUGCACAGCUCCAGCGAACUGAGUCCCACCCAAAGCAGCAUUGGUAGCCAUCACAUGACCUCGCCCGUGAGCCACCAGCAGCAACAGCAGCAUUCCCAGCAGCAGCAGCAGCCGCAUCCCACGCACAUGGCCGCCGGAUCCGCUUUGAGCAGCAUGACCGGUGGCGGUGGCAACAGCAGCAACAACAACAACAACAACAGCGCCACGGCCAACAAGAAUCAGGCGCACGCGGAUCGCGUGAAGCGGCCAAUGAAUGCGUUUAUGGUGUGGUCCCGCGGCCAGCGCCGGAAGAUGGCCUCCGACAAUCCAAAGAUGCACAAUUCGGAGAUCUCGAAGCGGCUGGGCGCCCAGUGGAAGGACCUGUCCGAGGCCGAGAAGCGGCCGUUCAUCGACGAGGCGAAGCGCCUGCGAGCGGUGCACAUGAAGGAGCAUCCGGACUACAAGUACCGGCCACGUCGCAAGACCAAAACCCUCACCAAGACCAAGGAGAAGUACCCGAUGGGCGGCCUGAUGCCCGGCCAGACGGUGGGUGGACCCGGCGGUGUGGCCGGCGAUCCCGUCACGCCCACCCGCGUCCAAAGUCAAUCGCAGAACCAGUCCGGCGCAUCGGCGGCAGCCGCAGCGGCGGCGGCGGCAACCGCACAACAGGCACGCCAGGAUAUGUACCAGAUGAAUGCGCCCAAUGGGUACAUGCCCAACGGCUACAUGAUGCACGCAGAUCCCGCCGGAGCGGCCGCCUACCAGAACUCGUACAUGGGCCAGCACUACGCGCAGCGCUACGACAUGGGCCACAUGUACAACAACGGGUAUGCGAUGUACGGCACGGUGUCCGGGGGCCAGACCUCGCCGUAUGGCGGCAGCCUCCAGCAGCCCGGCUCGCCGUCGCCCUACGGUUCGAGCAGCCACCAACAGCAACCCGCCUCGCCCCAGCCCUACGGCGGUGGAGGAGGCGGCGGCGGUCAGGUGUCCUCCUGCCAGAGCCACAGUCCCAGCGAUUCGAGCAUCAAAUCGGAGCCGGUGUCCCCCAGUCCCAGUGCCAUAGCGCUCAACAACAACAAUAACAACAACAACAAUCACAUCAUGAAGCGGGAGUAUGUGUCCGCCACAUCAGCGGCGGCAGCAGCCGCAGCAGCAGCAGCGGCAGCCGGUGCCGGUGGCGAGCUGAAUCAUCUGAUGAACAUGUACCAUCUGCCGGACGAGCAGCGCCACUUGCUGCACUACCAGACUGACUCGCCGGAUCUGCAGCAGCAGCACGCGGCGAUGCACCAGCACCAGGUACAUCAGGUGCACCAACAGGUCCAGCAACAACACCAGCAACAGCAGCAGCAGCAGCAGCAGCAGCAGCAGCAGCAGCAGCAACAGCAACAACAGCACCUGCAUCAGCAAUCCCUGCGAGCGAUGGCGCCGCUGGCACAUAUGUGAGAAAUGGCCAGCGCCUAUGGAGCAGCAGCCUCAACUGUGAGCGUUUCGCCGCCACCGCUGCCGCUGCCGCUGCCCCUGCCGCUGUCGAGUGUCUAUAUGCCGUCGGCGGCACAACAGCAGCAACAGCAACAGCAGCAGCAGCAACAGCAGCAGCAUCAACAGUUGCUGAACGGACGGCCCAGUCCCACUGCGUCCGGUUCUGGGUCGUCGGGUGGCCGCUCCUCGGCGCAUUCCAGUGGCCAUGCGGCCGCGCAUUCACCCGCCUUGGCGGCCGCUGCCAUUGCUGCCGCCGCCUAUCAGCUAUCCUCUGCCUCUGUCUCCGCCUCUGCCUCUGGUUCUGGCUCCUCCGUUUCCAUAACCGGAUCGGGUUCGGGUUCGGGAUCCUCCUCCUCCACCACCUCCUCGUCGGCAGCUGCCGCAGUGGCUGCUUCUGUGGCGGCGGCCGUAGCUGGUACCUCUGCUUCUCAUAUUUUCACGGCCGCCAGCAUGCUGGACAUGCACCAACAGCAGCAACAUCUGGAGGAGCAGCAGCACCAUCAUCAGCAUCUCCACUACCAGCAGCAGCAGCAACAGCAACAGCAACAGCAGCAACAACAUCAGCAGCAGCAGCAUUAUCAGCAGCAGCAGCAGCAGCAUCAGCUCUACCAUCACUAUCAUCAUCCUGGCCAUGAGGCGGCGGCA